AUGGCCAGUCGAUCGAUGUCGCAAAGAAAAAGCGGAUCGUGGACUAAAGUUGUCAUAUUCAUCUCUUUAUACGUCUUGCUUCUGGAAUCACUCAUUGAAUGGGCCCUGGUGCUCUAUCUUUACGCGGACCGACGCGUUGAUUCGAAGAUGACACCAAGCCUGAUUCUUGCUAUUGUCGCGUCGUUUCUCACGGUCCCCCUCGUCGUCCUGCACAGCAUCCUCGCUUGGCAAUACAACAAAGUUGUCGGGUUUGGAAGUCAAAAGGCGAUCCUACAUAGGGCCUGCACCUAUUUACUGCGAUUAACAAUUAUUGUCUGGCUAGCCGCUAGCGUUGCCGGUCUAGUAGUUGUAUCGCAACAGGUAUCAUGUCUUCCAGAAUCCGCAACCGAUGGCUUUUGGAAAGCAGGUUUUAGCUGCGCGCUUCAUCGGGCUGCUGUUAUAGUUUCUGUCAUUGCCUUUAUCACGGUUUGUCUUUACUUUUGCUCCAGGGAGCUAAGUGAACGUCCGUACGAUGUAUCCUUGCUGGGUGUCUAUAAACAUCCACGAGCAACCCGAGAUGGCAGCUUCAUCUCGAGCUCAACACUGCAAAGCGACAGCACCUUAAAAAGUGAUAUUUACUACGUCUGUCGUCGUCCUGACGUUACCUACGGAACUAGGGACUAUCAGUUCUCUCCGAACGAUGUUUCUGAAAAGUCGAAUUGGCCUUCGGUUCUUCAGCAUCCCACACCGAUACAUCCAAGACCACACCUCACACUUGAUGUCGAUCCUGGAAGUGAGAACAGCGAUGUACUCUCGGGAUCGACAAUCUCACCUAAUGGCACUCUGAGUAGGAGAUCGCCAGGGGGAAGUACAAUCAAUGACUUGAGUUCUAUCUGCCGCACACCCACUGGUGUAACGUCGACGGUCAUUCAUGAUCCUUUUUGGCAACCUCCUCCCUUGUUUGAGCUACCUGAUGGCUCUGGAAGCACGUCAACAUCUACUCACAAGAGACAGAAAUCAUCUUUAUCCUCUCUCCGCAGGCUUCUUCCGAAAACUUUCCCGUUAUCACUACCUCUAUCUGCAGACCCUCAAAUACGCGCCCUGGCUGAUCCCAAUGUCCCGCGCGACGUCGAGAAGCAAAUAGAGCCCGAAAAUACCAAGGACCCGAAGGACGGUCUUCAAUCGCAGCCAGAAUAUUUCCCCAAGGAAUCAUCGGCUUCAUCCCUGGUCGCGAGCAAUCCGGACCCUCCAAAGCCGUCGCUUCCACGGUCCAUGACGACGAAUUCCGCCGAGGCGCCUGAGGCUGUCAUACCUGAAAAGGUUGACGUGCACAGAUCCAACACAACGCAGACUGGACCAAUCCAAACCGUCUACCAGCACCAUCCCAAGUUCACCUCUGUUCCCAUAAGCCCCCUUACGCUACACCCUUUGAACCGAGCUCCAAGCCAUAGAGCCUCCGUGGUGGAGCCAGACAGAAUAGCAAACCGCCAUAGCAUGCGACACAGCGACAGGCGGCGGAGUCAGCGUCAGUUCGAGCCUGUUCAGGUCCCUCGCUAUACCAGGAGCCAGCACCUUCCACAAACGCGAUGGUCUAAACGUGGGCGGGCAGAGCCACGACGCAUGUGGUCCCAGUCCCGUCGAAAUGACGCCGAAGUCAACUACCCAAGCACGCGGCGCUCUCGCAGCAGUACGUGUGGCGGAUUCUCCUCUGGCCAUCUAGACUGCAUCCGAGAAACGGGGACGUCUAUCGAUGAGCCUCGAGGGGAUAUCUUCUCGGACAACUCUUACCGAGGUACCUCUCGUACUAGCAUGCACAAGUACUAA